AUGGACAGUGGACAAUUAGACGGCUGGAUCCAUGCAUGUCCCUUGGACUCCGUCGCACGAAACCCACUCCGGUCCCCAUCCACCACUCAAAAAGCAAAAACCUUCAUCUACGACCACCUCCAAGCAAUGGACCCCUGCGCACAUCCCUCCCACCUUUCCCAACAUGGCCAAUUCCUCGCUCACGGCACAGGACCCUCCGCCAACCCCUUCCCUGUCCCGCAAUUCAGUUACUGCUCCAGUCCUCUACACGCUGAUAUCCGAGUACCCGUACCUUUAUCAUGGGUGGAUGACGUCGAAGGCGAAAGAGAUGAAGAAGGUGCAUGGGAGAAAAAUGAAGAUGAGCGGCUUCUUUGGAGGGGGCUUAAUACGGGCAUUCAUCAUGCGAGCGAUAGACCUCAGGCUUGGAGGGAUUCGCAGAGGGAUCGAUUAGUGGAGAUUGCGCAGAGGACAGAUGGGAGCAUUAAGGUGUUGAUCAUGGACGAUCAUGGGGAUGGGGAGGGGAUGAAGGUGGAAGAAAUGAAGAAGGCGAGGAUGAACCCUGCGAUGCUCGAUAUUGCGUUUGCGGGGAGUCCUAGCCAGUGCGAGCCUGAAACAUGUAGGGAGUUGGAGGAGGGAUUUGAGUGGAGGAGGAGGAUGAGUGUUAGGGAUGCGGGAAAAUGUAUGUAUGUGCUUGAUGUGGAUGGCAAUGGGUGGUCGAGUCGGUUUAAACGGCUUAUCACGACCAACUCGCUCGUGUUCAAGUCUACGGUAUAUCCUGAAUGGUUCACAGACCGCCUCUCCCCUUGUGUUCACUACAUUCCUAUCCAAAUCGACUACUCCGACCUCUACGACGCCCUCCUCUUCUUUCGCGGUGACCCCUCAGGCCGAGGAUCUCAUGAAGAGCUUGGAGCGAAGAUCGCGAGGAGUGGGAGGGAGUGGAGUAGGGCGUUUUGGAGGAAGGAGGAUAUGACUGCUUAUUUGUUUAGGUUAUUCCUCGAGUAUGCAAGAGUUAUGAGCGAGGAUAGAGACUCGCUUAAUUUCGAGUUGUAA